GCCACUUUUUCAAGAAGCAUACUUACUUCAUUGCUGUUAGAUAGCAAUCAUAAUUCCAGUUCUGAUGAAACUGUCUUGAGAACAGAUGCACCAGACAGCACAGAUGAUCAACCAGGGAUACUGCAGGAGAACACUUCCAGUGGGAAAACAGGAUGGAUAGGCCCCCCCCACAUUGGGGAGGGCAGAAAAGAGGAUGAUCCCAAUGAAGACUGGUGUGCAGUAUGUCAAAACGGAGGAGAGCUCCUCUGCUGUGAGAAGUGUCCCAAAGUAUUCCAUCUUUCUUGUCAUGUCCCUACAUUGAUGAGCUUUCCAAGUGGAGAGUGGAUUUGUACAUUCUGUCGGGAUUUAUCCAAGCCAGAAGUUGAAUAUGACUGUGAUAAACCUGCUCUCAGCUCUGAAAAAAGAAAAUUGGAAGACACUGUGGGUUUGACACCAAUAGACCGUAGGAAGUGUGAAAGGCUGCUGCUAUACCUCUACUGUCAUGAAAUGAGUCUUGCUUUUCAAGAUCCAGUUCCUCCCACAGUUCCUGAUUACUACAAAAUAAUCAAAAAGCCUAUGGACUUGUCAACCAUCAAGAAAAGACUUGAAGUGACCAAUUCCUUCUACACAAAACCAGAAGAUUUUGUGGCUGAUUUCAGACUGAUUUUCCAAAACUGUGCUGAAUUUAAUGAGCCUGAUUCAGAAGUAGCUGAUGCUGGCAUGAAACUUGAAGCAUACUUUGAAGAACUUCUAAGGAACCUUUAUCCUGAGAGAAAGUUCCCUGUACAACCCAACUGCCAGAGUGAAAAAGAUAAUCCAGAACUUACUGAUGACUCGGAUGAUGACUUCGUACAGCCCCGGAAAAAACGCCUCAAAGCAGAGGACCGUCAGUUGCUUAAAUGAGCUGCAUGUGUUACUACGGAACGUUUUUUAAAAACUAAGAAUAUUUAUCACUGUUAAUUGUGAAAAGACGAAAAAUCAUGACUACUUUGACUUGUAGGUUUGUGGAUAUUUACUAGACUUUCUACCCUUUCUCUGAAACACAAAUCUAACAGAGGUCAAGACAUGUGGAGAGCUCUGAAGUUCCAAACUUUCAUAGUACUUCUGGAACAGCACAGGAAUUACCAUUUGCGUGGAGUGACAGCUGUUUAACUUUACUUUGAGGAAGAAAAGAAGUUUGUAUAGGAUUGAACUUUAAAACAUUACAUGGGUUCAACAUGUGGCUUUCUGAGUUUGAAGAAAAUGUGAUCUCACCAGACUUUUAAUUUUACCAAAGGCAUGUGGCUGGCCAUAAUUUGAUUUCUUUGUACUGUAUUUAACACAAGCCAUGAAAACAGAUGGUGUAAUAUUAUUGUCCUGCAAUACUGACUGGUACAAUGAAAGCGUAGUUGCCCCCAAAGAAGUUAUUGGUAAUUCUAAAAUGUAAGGGAGAGUGUAUUAAAAAUA